CCCUCAAACACAUCUUCAGAAAGUGAGCCCUGACAAAAAAGCAGCAGGAAACAGGAAACGUUCAGGCUCCUGUGAGCUGGGAGCCCCACACAGCAUCAUGCCUGAGAGGGGCCAAGGUAACUUGAGGGCUCCCGGCUUCCUCCUCAUCUUCUCACUGCUGCUUGGGAAGCACCGGGGUUUUGCUACCGAUUCAGAAUAUUCUGGAGAAGGGUCAUUAUUUGUCAGAGAAGAAAUAAUCCCUACAAAUGAUGUAAAACUGACUUCUGUCACAGAACAAGGAGAAGAUGAUUUCAGCAUGGUGAAUAGCUUCCAAAUUCCAACUACAUCUCCCUCACCUGUGUCAGAGAGCGUGUUGAGCCCAGAGUUUCUGCUAAUGGUGGGGGUCCCACUGGUGUUACUGCUUCUGCUGUCUUUGCUGGUGGUUUUCCUUGUAAGAUACAAUAGAAGAACAAAAUCCAAGCCAGUGUCUUCCAGUCAAGGAUCUCAAAGUGCUUUACAGUCAUAUGAACUAGGAAAUGAAAACAUCAAAAGCCCUAUUUUUGAAGAAGAUACACCCUCUGUCAUGGAAAUAGAAAUGGAAGAUCUGGAUAAAUGGAUGAACAGUAUAAACAGAAAUGCUGAAUGUGAGUGUCUGCCCACAGUCAGAGAAGAAGAGAAGGAGUCAAACCACAACGCCAGUGAUGCUGAAUCCUGAAGGUGAACAGUGUCCAUGUUUUUCCAAGAGGAACAACCCACAAGGGAGUCUGUAAAGCUUGCCAAUAGAGAAUGAAAUGGAUAAGAAUUUAAUUAAUUUCAAAUAACUGUAGACACAAGAACUUUUCCCUUUCUCUUGCUGCGCCCACUCUUCAUAACGCUGAUGACAUCACCUGGAUCUGGAGGGAUGUACAAAGGCAGACAUUCUGGAAAUGAGUUCUGGCUUCAGAAAUGAGCUCUGGCUUCAAUCCACAAAUCCCCAAGGUCCUCUGCUGCUGGACUCUGCAGCCUGUGGUUGUCUUUUCUUCUUCUUCAACUUUCCAUUGACUAUGACAUGUGACUCUACCUCACUGUAUUCACCUGCGAGAAAUCUUUGUUAGCUUUUAGUUCUUCAUGGCUGGAAUCCAAUCCUUGGUUCUCUUUUACAGAUCGAUAAGUUUCUUUGGGUAACCUCAUUGCUUCACCUGUUUUACAUGUGUCUGUAGACCAUAUAAGUCUGAUGGUAGAUAAGGCUUCACUGAAUAGGUCAAUUGUGUCACAGAAUUGGCUCCAGCCAAAAUCAGGGUUUUAAUUUAAGAUAUAAUUUCUGUGAGGACUGAUAAAUCUGUCUGUAUUUAGCAGGUAACCCAUAACUACUGAAGUGCUGUGUUAUUUGUAGCCUAUCAUCACCAGAUCUAGCCGAGUUCCCUUAAACAGUCCUUGUGAAUUCAGGAAAGAGCUUGUAAUUUUAACAGUUCUUUUUGUUCUGAGCUUUCCCUUGAAGCAAAAAUCAUCUUCAGUUUUGGUCAGUUCUUUCCCCUAACUCAGGCAGGUUCUUAAGGUGCUGCUCACUAUUGGUGUUUAUACUAAUGGGGAGUGGGAGGGGGAAGAGAAGUAGGAGAGUAUCAGUGAACUUGUCCUUUCUAAUACGCAAAGAAAAUAAAAUUCUGAGGGCUAAUUAAAUUACUAACAAAAGAUAAAACAAAGAAAGGAGAGGGGGGGAGGAGGAAAAAGGGAAAGAAAGGAAGGGAGAAAGACAAAGAAAGGAAGGAAGGAAAGGAAGAGAUGGAGGGAAAGGAAGGAGGAAAGGAAGAAUUGAUUCAACCUUGACCCACAAGGCAAUCCACUUUUCUAAGACAUGUGACAAUUUAUUUGAGGCAAGUCAUGAUGAAUGAUACUUUUAUAUAUUUUGCUAUCCAUGUACCUCCUGAGGGGCUGGUGGGCUGGUGAAACACUCUCGUGGGCUGCUGGAGUUCUAAUGCUUGUUUGUAAGACUGCCCUGAGGUAUAGUAAAGCAGCUGCCCCCUUUUCAUUGCCCACACAAGUACCUGCAUUCCUAACUAUGCUGAGAACUUGAAGGCAGAGUUCCAACCCCAUGGUGUCUUAUCUGUUUGCAUGCCGGGAGGUUAAUAAUCCUUUUCUCUCUCUACUCAACAGGGGAUGUCUUUCUAGUGUAAUUGUUUUCCCCUCUCUUGAAGCUAAAUCCCCAAGUCCAGUUCUGUAUUUUUUUUUCCUUCCUGACUGCUCAACCAGGUCCAAUUUAUUCAGUCUGCUAUUACAGAGAAUCUUAUGGACAACAGCAGCAAAAGCAUUCAAAAACCCUGUCUUGGAUCUUUAGGGGGGAAAAGACUUUUUCCUUAGUGAGGAUAGAAACUCCUAGAAAUAGGAUCUUGAACUGUGAUUUCUUCAGUAUAGAAAACUUGAAGAGGAAACUCUUCACUAAAGCAGGCGUGCACCUUCUCUUCCACUUAUAAGUCUUACAGAAUUGCCUAGAUCACUGAGAGGUUAAGUUAUUUGCCCAGGAUCACACUCUAAAAGAUAAUCACUCAUUCCAAAAAUGACUGAAAGAAUAUUGUGUCAUUUCAGACUUGGAGGAAAACCAAGUCUGGGUGCUCUUUUCUAUUUAAUCCAUUUGCCAUACUCCCAAAUCCCUGGUGGCCUCAGUCUCUCCUGCUGUUCUAAAACACACAGUUGUCCUUUGAUUUUCCCCAAACUUUAGAGUGUUCUGUUCUCUUUCAGUCCCCCUAUAGCCAGAGAAAUUCCAGGAUGUCAUUUCAUUGACAUAAGGUUCUAAAUGGGACAUAUUGCCUGUGAUUGGAUUUAAGAACCAACAUUUGCCUUAAAUUUCACUUAAGACGAGAAUAAGAUUGCUCAGGAAUAUGAAUAUUAUCUGAGAUUUACAUUUAGUUUUGAGUCAUAAGAUCAUAGAUCUGGAGAAGGAAGAGACUAAAGAAGCAGAUCUCUUUCCAUCUCUGAGGAAAUAACCCCAGCUCAGACAGGUAAUAGUCAUCUAAGGUGGGAUUUGGACCUAGAUAUUCAGAUGUGAGAAGCAGGGCUCUUUCUGUAGUCCUUAGAAAAUUUAUUCAAUAACAUUUUCCCUUCUUCCUUUCCCUUAGCGUUACAUUUUCUUUUCUUUACAUUCCAUAUACAUGUACAUAAUUAAUUACCAAGCAAGUUCUCAGGAGGCCAGCUCCUCCCAGAAGGAGAUUUUGAGAAGUGGGGCUGCUGGGGAUCAGUAUUGACAGGGAAUAACUAGAAUUAACAGAUGGUUACACUUCUCACUUUUUCCCCCAGAGGAGGAAAAAACCCCCAACAACUUCUAGGUCACUAGUUGUUCAGUCAUUUUCAGUCAUGUCUGACUCUUUAUGAUGCAUUUUUUAUUUAUUUGACUGUUGCCUUCACUUCCAAGAAAUAUAAAGAAUAUUAAUAAUAUUAUUAGCUAGCAUUUUAUAGCUUUUUAGAAUCUGCACAGCACUUUACACCUAUUCUAUUGUUUGAUUCUCACAAUCAUAUUCUCUGGGAGUAGGUUUCUUGGGGGGCUUCUGGAGGCAGCCUUCGUUUCAGU